AUGGCCAGCAGAACAGUCAGCCUUCCAUUGAGGACAUUCGCGGGCACUCGCCCAUCGAUUCAAGCGUGGCGCAGUACACGAUGCUUCGCCACUGAAGUCGCGCCCGCCUCGACAACAGCACCCCUUCCUUUGGACUUUACAACACCCAUUACCACACCAGUGGUACAGGAUGCCCAAACUCAGACACCUGCCUUGAAAGAGGCCGACGGCAAUCCUUCUGGGAAGUUGCGACCAGUUGGUGUCGUUAUCAGUGCUGGAAAGAUGCAGAGGACGGUCAAAGUCAGACUACCCAGUCAGAAAUGGAACAACUAUUUGAGAAAGCACUUCAAAGACCACUCAGACCAUCUAGUCCACGACCCAAACUCCUCCCUCAACAUCGGCGACGUCGUCUCCCUCCGCCCCUUCCGCGCCGCCAAACACGUCCACCACGUCGUCAAUGAAAUCCUCGUCCCCUUCGGCAACCCCAUCGACACACGACCACCCGUCCCCAGCGCCGGCGAAUCAGAAGCAAUCUACAAUGCCAAACGCCACGAAAAGCUCGAGCGUAGAAGUCUGCGUCGCGCAGCUGCACAAGGCUCAGAGUCUGCGAUUGAAAAGCUACGGGCUGUGGAGCUUGAGGCUCAGGGUGCUGCUGCAAAAGGUGGGAGGAAUGCGAAGAAGGCGGGUUUGAUGGGGAAGAAGGGCCAGGUUUUGCCAAAGGGUGUGUUGCCCGGUGGUAAACAUGCGGUGGGUAAGAUUGAUGAGAGGGCGAGGCAUAAUAAAGAGCAGGCUGUGAAGAGGAAUGAGAAGGCUGAGAAGAACUCGGCAGAGGCUACGCAACUUGCUGAGGAUCUCAGCAGGUAA